GGAGGUACAUGCUAACCCUCCCCCCUCCAACUAUACACAGUGCAGGAAGGCUUGUUUUUAUAUCUUCGGGAUGUCUCCCCUUACGACGGCGGGGUGUUUCAUCAGGUGCGCAUUUAGAUUCGAGGCUACCAUGUUACUCAAUAGCCAGCCCUUUUCUAACCAGAUGCCACUGCGGGAUAUAGGCACCGAUCCUCCUCCCUCUGUUCUCCCUCAUACCACAGUCCCAUGGAUAUACUAUCCUGACGGUUCUUGUUUACACGCUGCUAGAUCUCAUUAACGCCAAUGCGCUAAUUGAGAUAUCAAGUUCGGGCGAGUCGGUUGUGUCAAGGCUAUUCACUUCCCCGAGAAAGAAGAUAAGAUGGGAUGGCAUAGCUAUUGUGGUGGGGUACGGCAUACAAUAGUCCCCGCGAAUAUAUAUUUAGCAUCUAACGAUUAUAUAUCUAGAUACCUGUUCAACCCCUUUACGAUAGCAACAUGCCUUGGGCGCCCUACCACAGCUUUCACAAACUCCGCGAUAAUAUAUGCGAUAUCAAAUGCUAUUGCUGGCAGAAGUGUCAACUCUAUGCUAGCUCUGGGUCUGGCCUCCUAUCUCUCCGUCUAUCCCGCUCUCUUGUUCCCGCCUUUAGUCUUACUUUGCUAUGAUCAUUAUAUUAGCAAGGUAAAGUCUGGAGGCAGCUGCGUAUCAUACGUCGCCUCGCACUCUCUCAUUUUCGUAGCGGAUAUUGCAGGAUUUUUGGUGAUAUCAUAUGGUGUAACCGGUUACUCUUGGGAUUUCAUCUCUGCUACGUAUGGCGCGCACCUACUGGUUCCCGACUUGACCCCUAAUGCCGGCUUAUGGUGGUACUUCCUGAUAGAGAUAUUCGACCCGUUCCGUGAAUUCUUCCUAGGGGUAUUUUGGCUGCACCUAGCAAGUUACGUGGGGGGUCUGACCAUACGACUAAGGCGACAGCCGCUUUUCGUCAUGACAUGCCUUCUUGGUAUAUUCGCCAUAUUCAAGCCUUACCCCGGCAUCUCCGAUGUUUCGAUAUAUCUGUCGUUCCUUACGCUUUACCGACACAUAUUCCCUCUAAUGCGCUAUACCUUCCUCUCCGUCUCGGCUUUGUUAUAUGCCAGUCUUCUGGGCCCGAUCUUUUAUCACCUGUGGAUAUACGCAGGUUCGGGAAACGCCAACUUCUUCUAUGCCAUCACGCUUGUAUGGAGUCUUGGGCUUUCUAUCCUCGUUGCGGACUCUUUAUACGCUGUUCUCAGGGAUGAGUGGGACGAAGAACGGCCAGAAGUAAGAGGGAAAGAGGCGAGACAGAUAUGAUGGUAUAGCCUUCAAUUGAGAUCAGGUGCCGAGAUGUCCAUCUUCUCGCUGCUAUCGUUCGUAAACGGUUGGGACAUAAUCAUAUAAUCGUACUCUUUCACUUUCCCGCUCCGUAAUUUGGCUGGCUUUGGUGAAUUCGCGUCCUCCGUGAAACCAAGCUGUUCGUAAAAUCGAAUAGCACUCGUGUUAGACUUAAAGACCGUAAGCAUCCCCUUUUGAAGACCUAUGUUCUUGCCAGUGUCUUCGAAUAUUUGAAGUAACUGUCUUCCGACACCCUUGUGCUGUACCUCGGGGGCAAGGUGAAUUUCAUAACAGUAGAGAACCUGCAUCUUGUCUUCCUCGGUGGCCAUAAAGGACAAAAAGCCUCCAACUGUCGGCAUAUCCAAAGGACCUUUGGUUUCGUUAUUCUUUUCCAAAACAAGUACCAUAUAUCGCAUGUCUAACAGUUUCAUUUCUAAUUUCUUUUUGCGGGCAGACCAGCCAGAGGCCGACUGCUUAUAUGCUGCCGAACUGGUGAGAUAUAUAAGAUCAUAACACGCAUUCAAAUAUGGCUCAGGUAUUGAGGCAGCAGUAUAAAACUGAAGUGAGUAGGAGACGUGCCCGGGCUCUCCAUUGGUAUCAUCCGAACUUGCAGUAGGGAGUCUGAUGGUGAGAUCCAAGGCAUAUGGCGGUAUAUAUCGAUGAAUAAACUCGCUGAAAGGAGCCGAGUUAACCCUUUCAACUAGAGAUGUAUGCUUUGGCCCUACAACGCUCUUAGCAUUACAGAGUUGGACGUUGGAAAUAAGUGGGCUAGCUAGUCACCUUUCAUGCGUGUUCUUGCUAUAUUUAUAGGGCGUUCAGUAAGUUGCGGCGUCUCCGCAGACAACGUUGGCUCUGCGUUCCUUUUUCGUUUUUCUAUCAGCAUCGUCUUCUGAUUCUGCGACAGAUGGGCGGGUUCGUAGAUGGUCGUUGCCGAGUUGUAGGUAGGAAGCGCGCUCGAAACUAACAGGCUAACCAACAGCUUUAACCCGUUAGUUAACUGGGCGCCUAGCUAACUAGCUAACUAACGACCUAGUGGCGGCGCGGCUAACGAGUUAUAGUUAACUACCAGGUAUUGCUUCCUCGAUUCUUCAGACCAAAAUUUAUUAGUGCUUAGCAUUUUUAUACCCUGUUCACAAGAGCUAUAGCAAGACUCCAGCCUUCAUGACUUCACGCAUCUAAUGAAGAGCUGGCCAUGCAAGGGACCAUCCGACUGCUGGCUGGGGCUGCAAGGCCGGGCUCGAGGUU